AACUUACAUCAGGACCAAGUUAGGUUGUUCUAGUGGAAGACUAUGAAUGACUCUAUGAAUGACAGAAAAGGGGGCAUCAGCAGCAGACAAUGUUGGAUAACAACAUUAGCAGGUUCCACCCAGGGUAACCAGGAUGGUUUGGGGAAAGAUGCUCACUUCCACCAUACAGCAGGUAUGGUAGUGGAUGAGGACAAUGCCAUGCUGUAUGUUUGUGACAGUUCAAACAAUGUGAUAAGACAAGUCAGCACCAGAACAGGUGAUGUCAAGGCGUUUGCAGGUAACCCUGAUCCCCGGGAUGUAGAAUGGAAGGAUGGGAAAGGUCUGGAAGCCAGAUUUUACCACCCACAAGGAUUAUACCUGGAUGCCAAGCAAAACAGGAUGUUUGUUGCAGAUACUGACAACCAUGUGAUCCGAGAGAUGAGUAUGCCUGAUGGUGAGACUUGUUUUCUUAAUUCGUUUGAGGUUUAAUGAUGCAAACUUAUAUUAUUUUCUAAUUAUGUCAUAUAUCCAGUUACAUAGUACACAUUAGGGGAGGGUACCGGUAUGGUGUACCGAUGCAAAACCAUUUUUAGACCGGUUCGCAAAAACAGGCCGGAAAAAAUGUUGACCGAUUAGAAAAUUUAGCAGAUUAUACCGACGGGCGUUCACGUCUUUUAGGGCUUACAUGUCCAAGCAAAUAACAACAGUGAGGUAAAAAAAAGUUUUCAUAGUCACAUUAACCAAGUUUCCACAUACAAAAUUGGUCUAAAACAGAUGCAGAUAAUAUAUACUUAAGAGGAGAUUUUUAUUUUCUUAAAGACCACAUCUCCAGUUUGUAAAGAUUAACCACAGAUGAACAAAUACAAUCAUGUAAAUGAACUAUUUAUAAUCUAGUAACUUCGGAGUAUUGACCCUUCAUGCAGGCCCUGGUGGAGUGUGAUGCAUGCUGGGAAUAAUGCCUUAAGGAAUGGUUUCCUAUAGGAU